UUGAAGUAUUGCAUAUGGCGAUACGUUCUAGUAAACGAGUUGACGGUUAAAUGUCGCGGAAUGGAUUGUACUUGUUUUGAUGAUAUUCAGGUCCGAAUGUGAUAGAUUGUGAAAAGUUUUCGGUCUCACCUUCACUCACAUACCAAUGAUCGCACAUAACCAGCAACGAAUUCACACCAAUCCCCGUAUAUUCGUCGUUUGAAGAGAUGGAGGAUACUCUGGCAUCGAUUAAACCCCCAAGUGAUGAUUCGAUGGACGCGCGACUGUCCUUUUUGGAUGGUCGCGACCCUAGCAUCGUGGCAUACGGGCAAGCCAGGAUUCCGGCAGCUGAUACUAAAAAAAAUCUAGAGUCUCUUUUCGAGGAUGAAGAGCUUGAUUCGCGAGUGCUCUCAUCCUCUGCCCCAUCAUUGUCUCUCUUGGGCGACACAAUCAAAGUUUACCUGAGACUUAGACCAUUUCCUGCUAAAAUGCGACCGACCAAGCAACAGGAGGAAGCUUAUGAAAUAAUAAAUUCCACUACUUUGCUAACAAGACUGCCAAAACUGGAUUCGAAUACUAGUUCACUUAAAAGACCCAAGGAAAAUGAAACAGUAUUGAGAAAAUUCACAUUCACACAAACUUUUGGACCAGAAACAACACAGCUCCAACUUUUUGAUAUGGGCAUUAAACAACAGAUGAAUGAAUUUUUGGCUGGGAGAAACUCCACAGUGAUGAGCUAUGGUACAACAAAUGCGGGUAAAUCCUUUACACUUCAAGGAACAACAGUUUCCCCUGGUAUAAUACCCCGAGCCUUGGAGUUUGUAUUUAAUCAAAUUAAUCCCAGAAGUACGCCCUAUUAUAAACCAUUGUACAAUACCGACGUAGUGAGUCUUGAUGCGAACGAAAGAGCACAGGAAAUGGAGUUGAAAACAAAGCUUCUUUCAUUUGGUUCGAUUGAUAAAAAUCAAUACAUCCAGGCCUAUAGAGCAAUGCAACAGCAAUUGCAGGAUGAGUCUCCUUUGAAACCGAGCGAAACAAGCGAUGCCAACUACGCGAUUUGGGUUUCGUUUGCUGAAAUUUAUAACGAAUCAAUCUACGACUUAUUGUCAAAUGACUGUCAGAAAAAAAGACCGUCUUUGAAACUUGCAACUGAUAGUAGUGGAAAAGCUUUCAUUAAGGGGCUUAAGACAGUGUGUGUCAAUUCAGCUUCAGAGGCCUAUCAGCUACUAAUGGCUGGACAAUAUAAUUUGAAAGUUGCUGCUACUGCACUAAAUACUAGAAGUUCUAGGUCCCAUUGUGUAUUCACUAUUAAGGUGCUCAAGUAUCAUAAAGAAAAUUCUCCAGCAGAUGUGGAAGUCAGCUCUUUUUCUUUCUGCGACCUUGCGGGUUCAGAGCGAUUGAAGAAGACCCUGAAUGAGGGAGAGCGCUUAAAAGAAGCGCAAAAUAUAAACACAAGUCUACUUGUUCUUGGCAGAUGUUUGAAAUCCAUAUUUGAGGUUCAGACAUCAAAGUUAAAACAUGACAUAAUUGGGCCAUUCAGAGAGUCUAAGCUGACUCGGUUGUUUCAAAGUGCAUUAUCUGGUAAAGAGCACAUUGCUCUUAUAGUCAAUGUUAAUCCUGUACCAAAUUUGUACAUUGAGACUCAAAACGUUUUGAAUUUCUCCGCCAUCGCUAAGCAAAUAGUCAUCGAACCUGUUGUUCGAGCAAAACGAAGGGUCUCCACAUCUAGAUUCUCUCUAAUGGUGUCACAGAGUAUCAAAACGGUUACAGACUGGGAUGUUACAGAAUUGGAAAGCAUUGUUGUAGAUGACCAGUCUUCAGCAAUUUCUGAGAGAGCAGAAUACGUUCAUGCGGAGGACUAUGAAGAAAUAGUGAUUGAAAAUAAACAAUUGAAACAAGAAAUAGUGAAGCUAAAAAAUUCUGCUUUAGAUGCAGAUUUUGCAAUUCGCCAAGAGAUGUCCAACAUUUAUUCAGAAAUGAUAAAAGAUAUUGAGAAAAACUUCAAAAAUCAGUUGCAAGAUGUUGAAGAACGACAAGAAGAUAUGCUCGAAUGGUCUGUUCAACAAGUUGAAAGUUAUUAUAAGAAGAAAUUGGAAAAGUUAUCAAGUAGAAAAAGAACGCGAGUUGAGAGUGGGGACGAUACUGACGAAGAAAUAGAUGUAAAAGAAUUGGAAGGCGAAAAUGUUCAGCUUACAGCAAAGGUCGAAUCUCUGAAAAAAAUAAUUAAAGACCUUCGCGAAUCUAAAGAUAAACUGAUUGCUCAAAACAACGAAAAUGCUUUUGAACUUUCCCUUGCCAAAAAGGAUUUAGAAAACUGCAAACACUUACUACACGCUGCCCAAAAUGACAUAGGCUGCGAUGAUAAAGCUAAAGGCGUCAUCGAAGAACUGAAGAAACAGCUAUCGGCUCGUGAGGACCAAAUUAAGUCCCUGAAAGAGUAUUUGAACGAAGCAAAAGUUGAAUGGCUCAGAUCUACUGAUGUCGAAUCAAAACUGGAAGAAGCAUUAAAAAAUAAGGAUAAGCAGCUGUUGGAAUCUUUGGAAAAGAUUGAUGAUCUUACGGAGCAACUUGAACGCACCAACAUGUGUCUUGCUGAGAGAACUCAAGCUGUGGAAACACUCGAGGACAGGCUGGAGCAAUAUGCCAAAAAAAUAGCUGACUCCGAAGAGGAACUUCAGAAUGCUGAUGAUAAAUGGAACAAGUGCUCGGCCAACUGCUUGGUCCUCCUAAAAGACAAGGAAGAGUUACAAAAAACCUUGGAUGAAGAAAUUGCACGCAAUAAAGUGAAUGUUGUCAACAAUACUGGAAAAGAACAGGUUCUAGAACUGAAACGAUUGAAUGAACAUCUUUCUCGCGACCUACAGGAGCUAAAAGACCAAAUUAAAAUUAAGAACGAUUCAAUAGAUGAAUUAAACUCUAAGCUACUGGACAAUGAGAGUGAAAAUUUAUCAUUGAAAAACAGAUUAGCCCAAAGUAGUAAUCACACGAAGGUGUUGCGAGAGGAAUUGAAUUCAACCAAAGCAACGCUUAGCGAUAUCACUGAACAAAUAAAUAGCUUGAAGCUUGCCGAAGCUGCCAAAGCAGACACUGCAAAUAUGGACAGUCAAACUAGCUUUGUUAGUGACAGUGGAACAACCGAAAAAGACAUUGCAGUUCACAUUAAACAAGAAAAGUUCGAUGAUCAUUCAGAUAUACGAACUAGCGAUGAAAAUGACAAAGAGCAAAACUCUGAAUUGUCACCCAGCAAGGAAACUCCUCUGAUGAGUCAUACUGAACAAAAUAAUGACAUGGCCCGUGAGAAACUAGAACAGCUGAUGAUAGAAUACAAUGAACUGAAAACUCAAUGCUUGUAUGAAACUUUGAGAGUAGACGAGCUGAACAAAGAGCUGGAUGAAGCGCGACAGGAGUUGUCUUUGUUGAAAACUUCUGUUGAGGUCAACGAGCAGGAAUUGAAAGAGUGUAAAAAUUCAUUAAAAUCCGUCUCAGACAAGCUUCAGCUCUCAGACUCAGAAUUGGUUAAAGCUAAAAAUGAGCUAGAGGAGAGAUUACGGGAAAAAGAAGCCUUGGAGAUUCAACUCUCCGAGUGCAAAGAAUCCAUGCAAAAAUUGCAGAACCAUCUUUCAGAUACUCAGAGAGAGAGUAGAGAAAAAUCUGAGAGCUUGGCGGAAUACAACAACCGCCUCAAUAAACAAGAAAAAGAUAUUGCCACUGCCAAGGAGAGAGAUUUGAUCAAAGAGCAGCUUCUCGAUGCGCACUUCACAAGGAUUUCCAAAUUAGAAAAAGACUUGGAGCAAGUAGCCAUUCUUGAAAAAAAUAUAACUGAGAUUAAAGAUCAAUUGAAGAUAUGUGAAGAGGAAAAAGCUGAAUUGAAAAAGCAGCUAAGCGAAAAUUGCCAGAAAAUAUUGUCACUAGAGAAAGACUUACAGGCAUCCAUUAGCCGUGAACAAGAUAAAGAGAAUGAGACUAUAUCCCUGCAAAAAGAAAUGAAAAGUAUGAUUCAAACGAAUAUGAGUAUCAGUAAACGAGACGCGGAUAUGGAAAAUGAGGUGAAGAACGCAUUACGAAAAUUGACGACCACUGAAGCAGCACUGGAUAAGUCACAGGAAGAUUACAAAAGGCUAGAAGAAUCAUCGCAAGAGAAGAUGACUGAAAUUAUGAAAAAGGUUGAAGAAAAAGAAAGGGAAAUGGAAUCUUUUAAGAAGAACAGAGACGAUGCAAUGCAGAGAUACGAAGCUCUGGUAAAACAGCUUCAGGAAAAUGCGAAGAGAGAGAAACGAGAGGUACAGAAGUACCAGGAAUUGUUUUCAAGACAAUCAACACCGACUCCGUAUAAAGAUGAGAUUAGGAAACUAAAAGAUGAGCUUAGAAGUAAGACCAGUCUCCUCGAGCAAAUGCAGGCAAACUUAAAAACUAUGGAUAGUCAGAACGACGAAAAAGAAAAUAUUGUCAACUCUUCAGAAGAUGAGGCCACAGCUUUUGAAGUUCGUUUGACACGUAGAAGGGGAAGAAGGAACGCACCUACCAAUGUUGCCGAAGACAUUUCUGUCAUUGAUCUCUCUGGCUCAGAGUCUAAACGUGUAAUGAGGCGAACAGCGUUACAACCUCCGUCACCUAUGCCGUCUGUAGAAAAGAGAAAGACGAGGAAGAAGAAACUGUUCGCGCAAACUGAUGAGAACUGCGUGGAUAUUGAACCUACCGAGAGUACACCCAGACCUAUCCUAAGAUCUCCCCUAUCAGCGACACGGAGUUUAAGAAACAGAAGAAAGUAGUCUACGUGACCAUGGAUAUUUUAAGAAUAAUUUUCGUUGAGUGGCCCAUUCUUUCAACAUUUUUUAAACGAUGAGUUGUGCCUUUUCAUCCUCCCUUUUUUUCUAAUCUGUAAUUAUUUCUUACAUCGACCGGUAAUUAAAGAAUCAAUAUUAAUCCUACAAUCCAUUAGAAAUUUAUGGAACAUUACAAAAUAAGGAAACUCCUCCAACACUGAUAUUCCAUUUUUAACUGAAUUAGUAUGGAAUUAUUUAUGAGAAGGAUUCAGAAAGAAUUUUACUUUCAAAUUUUAUUCACCGAUUUUCUGAGUACCGAUCUAAUAGUCAAGAAAUAUUUACACUAUCUUUGAAUAUAUAAAGAGACUUAUCAAUAUAAUAUGUAGGUAUAAUUUUGUAUACAUCAAUGACAAAAAUUACGCCAUAUUAUGAAUAAUGGUUUUAACAGGAAUAUGUGUUUUUAAAAUUUCACUGUGAUUAUAUAUAUAUAUAUAUAUACGUAUACGCAUCCUUACUUCUUUCUAGACUUUUGAAAACAACUUAAACUGUUUUUUUACUAGGGAAUAGUUAGCCAGAAAAAAAAUGCGGAAGAAAACGAGUUUUUAAUAAUUUGAAGACAGAACUUUUAGUAUUGUAUCAUUACGUGCGUGUUUGAUAACGAUACUAGCAAUUGUCAUAAUUGAAUUGAAUUCUGUAACCAUACAUUUAAAAUCUGUAAAAAAAAAAUGGACGAAACUCAUAUUUCAUAGUUAAUUCACAAUUUGUAAAAUAUUUCAUUUCGGAAACGACCAUAUGUGUAUCGUAUGUUUUGUAAUAUAUUUUUCUUUCAUCCUUGAUAAAAUGGAGGAAAAGAAGAAAAACGAAGCUAUUAAAUAUCCGAAUUAUGAAAUUUUGUAGUCUUGUAAUUUACGUAAAUUAACGUCAACCGUUCGACUAACACACGAUGG